UUACUGCUGAGCGCUUGACAUCACAUGAACUGCAUGAGUCACUUCCCUCCCUUGUAAUUUAGUUCCCUGAAGCUCAUCUCCGGCUGAUGAGCCUCUGACUUAAGUCUCCCCAGACAGUCCUGUUUGUGUCUGAGUCGCCUGUAAGUUUGUUCAACUUAGAUGUGUGCCUUUUCAGAGAGAGCCUCUGCCUGUGCCUGCCAUUCCUUGAGGAGCGGGAGGCACUGAUGUGAAUUUCUGCACCAAUGUAUCGAGGCUGAUGAACUAAAGAUGUCUUUGUUUCGAACUCAAGGGGAUCUUCAUUGGCUGCUCCUCCCUGUUGUGCAGUGUUGAGCCCGUCUGCUUUGUGGGAUUUCAGUCUUGGAAAUGUGCCAGAGGCCAGGGUGUGUGCAGUAGAAUGGAGCUCCCCUGCUCUCUCUCUGUUGAACUGCAAUCAGCUCACCUGCAGCCCAGCUGAAUGUUCCUGCAGACAGGACAACUUGAACCAGUGCAGAAAUCCAAACCAGUCUGCAAACCGUCUCUUGUGUACAGUCAGUCUGUGUGUACAGUCGGUCUGUGUGUACAGCCCACCGUGUUUAACUACCUUUGGGAUCAGGACAAGACUUGACUGUAAAACUGCGAUUGGUGUUUCAAGCCCUUUUUGUCAUUUUCUGUGCAAGUUUUCCCCUGUUUCUGGAGCUUUGUCAGUUGUAGUGUUGUGAGAUUGUGGAUUGGGAUUUGUCACAGGACAGAGACUGAAGAAACUGCGCAAAAUGACCAGCUCUUUGCCUGUAAAUCACAGGUUUUCUACACUCAGUGCUGCCAUACUGAAUCUACAUGGAACCUGUAAUUGGAGAAAGUUCUGUGUCAAAUAACUAUGCAUGUGGCCUUAAAAGCAUUAUAACUCUGGCUGCCACAAUGAGCCUUCCAUUGCUUGGUUACUGCUUUGUAUUCUGUGGUUACUAAGCUACCUCUCUCAAGUUGGAGCACAGAGCUCACUGGACAUUCCGAAGACACCCUAAACCCUGUUCGUUCUGGCUGCAGAAAUGGCGGGAGUCCUAAAUUACUAAAGAGGCAACAGACUGAGCAAAGACCAAAGGCCCAACUGAUCCUGAUCAGAGACAGAAUGGAGGAUUGUGUGGACUCUGCCUUCAGCACUUGCAGUCCUUCUGUGGUCAGUCUGUAGCACAGUGAGCUGAAGGAACAGGAUGGCAGUCUCUGAAACACCAGUGGUGGACACAGACCUGGAUCCUGAAACCGAUUUAGACGAUGAAGACAUUUUCAGUCAGAUGGAUGAGAAUGGGAUAAUCGGAAUGGACGAAGUCAAUGAAUAUUAUCUGCAGUACCAUCCGAGGAUGGAAGACAGUUUGGAAACGGUGGAGGAAGAUGGAGAGAUGAUGGACGUGCACAAUGACCCUAAACUCAGUGGCCCAGCACACCCACAGGACUCUGUGGAUGAUGAGAGCUUUAACAUCAGUGAGUUCCAGGAUUCAGAUCCUGCUCCUUUGUCUGCAGAAGAAGAUCCAAGCCCUAACCAUCUGAUGUAUGAGUCAGACCCACAAGAGGAGGACGGGAUUCUCAAUAAUCAGGAUUCAAAAUCUUUCUGGUAUCAUGAGCAAGAUCAACAGAUUGACAAAACUGAAGACAAGGAAGAUCUAGGAACUUAUAACUUUCAAAAUAAAGUAGUUUCAGGGGAGCAGGAUGAAGAUGAAGAGGGAUAUGCCGGCCUGCUGUUCGAAGAGCAACCCAAGGAAACAAAUCCAGGCAUGAUUGGAGACUCAUGGGGCAGGUAUAUAAAAGCACCAAGUAUACUAGACCACGGGGAUGAUUUUUCAGUGCAGAGAAUAAGGGUUAACACAGAGAAACUUUCUGAUCAAUCCAUUGAGAGUGUUAACUGCUCAAAAACUCAGGGUAAAGACUCCAGCCUAUCAGCUCAGGAUUAUUACUCUGAAGACUUUGAAACAAUGUUUUCCAAUAACGUGGACCAUUUGGGAGAUGUGUUAGAACUCACCCAUGAUAGCAAAGGAUGUGCCAGUGAGAUUAGAAAGGAAGGGGAGGAUAACUCUUCAUCGAAUCACCCAGUGUUACAUUUUAAUCAGGUGCUGCUAAGUCAUCUCUCAGUUGAAGACCUGGUAAGUGAGGCAGAUCUUGAGGCUGAAACUAUUCCCGGGUCACCAUGCUCCGACAGUGUUGGAGAAUCAAUGGGAAGUCCUACCAAAGGAAGAGCUUUUGUAAAAGGAAGUCCAGAUCCAGGGAGUGGUAACACAAGACAAAAUGAUAAAAUCAGACAACCUCAGGUCAGUAAAGCAGCAUCUAAUUGCCAUGUCAAGCUAACCAAUCAUCAAAAAUAUCCUCUUAGCCUCAGUAAACCUUUGAUAUUAACAGAUAAAAACAGCCAGGACAGCCGGCAGAUAAAAACUCUAAACCCACAAAGAAGAACGGUUAAUCAAAGAGGAUCAACGAAGCCAUUAUCACGAAAGAUAACCUCAGAAACUGCAAUUUAUGGCCGGGGUCAGCUCAAUUACCCCCUGCCGGACUUCUCGAAGGUGGAGCCCCGCGUUAAGUUCCCCAAGGAUGAGCAGACCUACCAGAAGCCCAGGAGUAAGACCACUAGCACGGGUACGAGCAGGAAUGACCCUCAGCUUCUCGUCCGUUCUCCUGCAGAUAUUGUCCGUCAGGUGCUGCAGAGCAGCAAUGAUUGCCCUCUGAUCACACCAACACCAUCCGGGGUCAAGGUGGUGGAAGAGUUCAAGUGCCCACAACAAGCCACAGAAAUGGUUUAUCAGCUGCAGGAGGAUUAUCGGCGCCUGUUGACCAAGUACGCUGAAGCUGAGAACACCAUUGACCGGCUGCGGAUCGGGGCCAAGGUGAACCUGUUCACUGAUCCUCCAAAACCAGGUCACAGUUUCCAGGGACCAUCCCUGAAUCGGCCUUCAAAGGUCAUGACAUUUGCUAUCUCCUAUCCACAAAAAGCCGAACUUGGCCCCCCUCUGGACUCCCGUGCUCAGACAGGAUUCCCUUUUUCAGAAACUCACAACACUCGGGAGCUGCCAGGAUCAUCGGGUGGGACCCCCAGCCAGAAUGACCGCACCAUGGAGCCCACAGCAGGGGACUGUCUGACCUGGGCUCUUGCCCAGCAGGCUGAGGCUCUGCAGAAACAGAUGAAUAUAUUUGAAGAGUUCCUUAAGGCUAGAAAGCUGGCAUCAGCGGCUCAGCUAAAGGCAUUUCAGAAGCUGCGGGAAGGCCAGGAUGCUCUGGAGCGAGGAUAUCUCCAGGCCCGAGAGGAAUACCGUAGCCUCCAGCAGAAGGACACCAGCGCCAGCAGUUACAUCAUUGGCAAGUUUGACCCCAACAGAGAAGUAGAGGGGAACAUUUUUCGGCUUGGAAUGCGUUUAGAGGAUGUGAGGGAGUGGAUUGAUCAAGUCCCUGAGACCAACGCCCCCACAGACCAUCAUUCCGAUGAAGGAGCGAGUCCCAACUCCUGGGUCACCGAAGGACCUGCCCAGCAGCCAGCUAGACCAAUGCCAAUGGUGCAGCCUCCAAAACCUACCCUUCAAACCCCAGGAGACGCAGAGCAGGAUCCCAAACAUGAGAGCCUAGUUCUCAGUGCAACAUUCCAACUUGAGAAGGUGGACGUGGAGGUGAGCUCAGUGAGUGGAGACAGUGAAAAUGAGGAUGCCAUUCCUAGAACCCUCAAACGCAAGAAGAUCCAAUUGGAGGAAAGCUUUGACCAGCUGUUAGACCAAUGUGAAAGCUUCAAGGACCUGCCUCUGUCACUGGAGCUCGACAAGGUGGGACGAGUCCCAGAAUCUCCACACCGACCCCCAAAAGCACUUGCCCAAGAAAUGGAAAAGGUGGAGCAGAUGAAGGGAGCAAGGAUAACAGCUUCUUACAGUGAUCUGGAUGUAGAUAGCAGGAAGACACCUGAACCGAGGCAACCAAUGAAAAUGCAAACGAUGUUCUCCAGUGGUUUCAAGGACUUACAACAGCCGGUUCUGGAUGGGGAGGAGAUGCUCCCCAAAGUCAGGUCGUUCAGAUCACAUACCAUAUCUCCUGACUCUGAAGGAGCUCACCUGACAGAAAGGACGGGCCUUUCACCUGGCAAGAGUGAAACUUGCGUGGAUGGAAUUGCUUCUCCAGAACUUGUGCCUUGCAAGACUCUGUUCCAAGCUGCUUCAGUCCCACUGGAGGAACGCAUUGUCUCUCCAGAGACAGACAGUGGGUUUGUGGGGUCAGAGAGCAGUCGGAUCACACCAGCUGUCCGUACUCCUGAACAUCAUCGCCCUCUCAGCAGAUCUCAAAGCCAAAGAGAAACGUUACUGAAAUCUCCUGGAGGUGCUGCACGAGCUAAACAAACUUUCCAUCGUCAGGAGGCUCCUCAGGGAGGUGUGAGUGACUACCGCACGAUAAUCAGUCAGAACAGACAACGGCAGGAAAGUGUUGCCCCAACAGGUCUUUCCCGGACCAGCUCUCCUCAGCAAUGGGCUGGCAGCACAGUGAGUGAGUUUGAACAGGAGACCUUCGUCAGUCACACGGAGUCAGAGGCAGAUGGUCUCAGUUCCUAUGCCAAGCAGAGGUGUCAACACUCAUCUCUGGUCUCAUCACCUUUAACCUUCCAUCCGAAAGUCCAGUACAGUUCAAGCCCUUUGAAUAUUCGCUCAGCUAGAGAUGAGCUGAUUCAGGAAUUGCAAGAAGAGGUUUCACAACUCAGGCAUCGCCUGGAGCAGACUUUACAGAAGUCCCAAGGAGAUUCUGAAGGGACUUCACCACCAGCAGUCGCCAGACCUCGAAAGCAUCUUGUUCACCAGCAUUCUCCAAGGAGGAAACUCUCACGGGAAGAUGAGGAGGAGGGAGAGGGCCGGACAGGCAACAAAUCUUCAGCAAGUCACAACCGCUCAAAGUCAUUCCCACAUUUUGGAUCAAAGCUUGACAUCAACACUGAAUCUGAAACAUCUUCCUCCAUCCCACACCCUCUCACUUCAAAACAAGCUUCAGUCAGCCAGACCAAUAAGAGGCCAUCUUCUUGCAAGACCCAAAGAUCCAGGCCUGUCAAAGGUCCUUAUGCAGGCACAGAUUACAGUUUCUUUGUACCAUGGAACAGCGGGCAGGGAUGUGGACAUCUGCCCUGCCCCUCCUGUGGUGGAUCUCCGACAGAGAUGGCUGAUGCUUCAACAAGGACUGCAGACUUCCUCACCAGCAGCCCCAGAAGGAACCCUUGUCCUGCCUGUAAAGGGUUGGGAACAGACAAUAAAUGUGAAUCCAAGAGGAAACCAAAACCUGUGACUAAAGAGGAGAGAAGAUCAUCUGAGAGGCAUAAAGGCAGGGGGCAGCGAACUGUUCAAAUGGAAGAGCCUCCUGUUGCCAUUGGCUACAUCCCACCACUAUAUUAUGUGCCUCAUGGUUCACAAGUGUAUUACUCUGCUCCUGCCUGGACAUGCACAUCAUCAACACAGUCACACUUUUACUACCCACUUGGACCUAAAGGUCUGGGCUCAAGCCUUGGAGCCAGAAGGUCAAACAUCCAACAUCAGCAAUCGUCGCCGCCCAGUGAUAUCCCGUCCGUUAAUGGUGAACCACUCACGGUGUUGGAUCUCAAUAGCUCCCUGGACCAGGCUAUCAAGGCUGCAAAAAGCAUGAAAUGGACAACACUGAAAAUGGUGAAGUCUCUCACGUCUGAUCUUUGUAAGGCCAAAGCCACCUGACAAAGCUCUCUUCUGAGCAGACAGUUGUUUUAUUUGUCAUGUUUCUGCACCUCUGAAUCCCCUCACUGUUUAGCUCAAGGUCAUCACCAACACAAUGUUUUGCACCAUUUCUGUACUGGUUUACUUCCUUCGAUUUUAUGAUAUUUGUUGAAAGCUAACCUCAAAAGCACCAGGCCCAUAAACAAUCGGCUCCUGGUUCUGGGAGUGUAUGUAGCCAUAUUUCAAAGGGAAAAAUUGAUGACCAUUAAACAGCCCCUAUCACAGUGCAGCAGUUAUGAUGCAAUCUCAUGCCAGUUCAAUGAGACAGUGUUAAACUGCAGUCUGACUUCUGAUUCACAGUUAACGUGGUGAUGUGGUGUGCUGGGCAGAGUGAAUCACCAGUCAAUGGGGAACUUACAAAUGGCAUCAAGGCACUAUAACUUGUGACUCUGACAAGCAAGAAUGCAAUGUUUCUAACACUGUGGGUGUUAGGUACUGACUUCAUGGCUUUGCCCUUUUUGUGCCACGAUAGUAUGUAGCAGCAUCUGACUUACUUUGUAAACAACCUCCUGCCUGAGAACAAACCGGAGGAGAGAAAAGCUCACCAAGAAACUUCAGGCCAUCCCCAUGAUGUUACAGAUUGCCAAAAUACUUUAAUCCCAGUGUGGCUGGAUAUAAUUAUCCCCAAUUUAUAUUGGGUUUGGUAUUGUAGGUGGCAGUCGUUAUCAACAUGAGAGAAGUAUCUGUGUAAUCAGCCACAGAGGUCUCGUGUGUGGCCCCAAGUUAGGUUAUUGAAGUUAUUUUACUGUCUGGUACAUGUUUUCAGAUUGUUCAAACUGUUGCAGUUUUAAAUAAUAGUAUUUGGGAUGUCUUUUUUUUACCUCAAGUGCCACCUAAGUAUAUCGGAUAGAAUGUAGGUUGUUAACUUUAUAAGAGUCCUUGAUAGGAAUGAUCCUAAACUUGCACUGUAACAAUAAUGUAUGUUGCAUCUUAGCACUUGCUUCAUCAUUAAUUUAUGGUGCCUCACACACUGUGAGUUGUUUCCUAUGUUACAUAGCUCUGCAACAGCUUGGUUAGAUAUUGAACUCGGUAUCAUGUUGCUUUCAAAUUAGCAAAGACUUGAUUCCAUUCUAGCCCCAAAGCAAAGCAGAGCAUCUGUUUUUAGUAACUAGGUUUUUCUAGAUAAGUGAUGAAUUUUGUUCAAAAAUCAAUACAAGUUGAGACCAAAAAAUCUACUGAGACCCAAAGUGAUCCACACCAACUGGUGAAGAUCUCAGAAAGGAUGCUCAACUGGUGCUUUUAUGUCAGUGUCUGGGGUUUGCUGAUUUACUGGGACCAAUAGUUUGCAGCAGAUGAAGGACCAAUCAGAGCCAACAUCUUAAUGUAAUAAAUCUCAUUUGGGUUGGGUUUAUUUAUUUCUGUUCUGCCUCAGCUGGAGGAUGCCAGUGGAAAUCCAGUCAACUUCUGAUUUAUAUAAUUUGACUAGAAUCAGAAUUAGCAUUUGAAUGGCAUAAAAGACAAAGUAUUUCUGCUGGGAUUGGACCAAUCCACAUUGAUUUAAACAAGCAGCAGAUAUAUACUUUGAUUCCAGUUGUUAGGACUUUAGAAGUUUUUGUGGAAAAUAGUUAAGAUUUUCUGUUAACCUUUGAAGACCAGUUUCUAGGCUUGUGUAUCUUGGGAGUACUCACUGUGCAUAUUCAAAACCAGGCUGCUGUUAGAAACAAAUUUCCAGAAUGCUUCUGUGAACUGAACCAAUGUCGAACAAGUGCUGUUCAUGGCAUUGCCCACUGAAUGCACCCAGUUAAACACACUGCACAAGUCUGUGGAGUUAUACUUCAUAGAGAAUUUGCUAAUAACUUCGUCAACCCUUCCUUUAGGGUGUGUAUCUGGGUUUAUUUUGUGAUCUUCAGAUCUGAAUGUCUUUUUCAAGACUCUUAAACACAAUUUCCUUGUCACUUUUACAGACUAAGUAGAACAUUUGAAAUAAUAGAUGAUUAUACUUCUGCCUUUCAAUAUAGCUAAUUGGUUCAGGGACCUUAGGAAAGAAGAGCUCGGCACAUAGAAAUUGUCUGAGAAACAUUUAUUGUUAUGUGGGGAUAUCUGUAGUCUGAUAACUUUGUGCAUAUUGAGUAAUGUUCUAAACUACCUGGAAUGGAAACCUCUCUGAGCUUGGCACAUGGUAACGGAGAACAUGUCCAGUUUUACAAACAUUGUUAUCUUAUUUGUGUAUUGUGUAGCUGAAACUCAUUUGCAUACUUUUGGUGUGCUCAGCAGUUUUAUGUUAUAACUUUUAGGUGUUUACACUGUUUCAGUCAACUAAUUCAUUAAUGUCAGUCCAUUAUAGUCAGGGAACGUGAUCCUAAUCUGGCAGAUUUUUUUUAUGAAUCCUAUGCAUGGCUGAAACCACAGACUUGAUUCUUCUCCUCUCCAUUCAGUUGAUCGAAACCAGUUCAGGAUCCAGUACAGAUCCCUCCCGAAAGCAACUAUAACGGUUGCUGCAAGAAUCAGAAGUGUUCUCCACGUUUUUCUUGAAUAUUUGAAUAAUAGCGUAUUUUACAUGAACUCCUGCAUUUAAUGGCAGGUAGUUUUGAACAUUUUAUGGACUUUUCUACAGAGUGUUCAGUUUCUCAAAAGUUGCUUUUGUUCUUUUGCUUUGGGCCCAGGCUGUAGUGCAAAAGAACAAGUUAUGGUGUUUGUUAGUCAUAAUUAAAACUCUCAUCUCUGGCCAAUGCUCUUCUGUCUCUUAAAUCAUAAAACUGCCUGCUUUACUAAAGAUUUUUUUCUGGGUAAUGACUAUGUUGGCACAGACCCGUUUUACAGAAUCAAUCACCCUGAAAUGUGAGUUAAUUAUUAAAGCAAAGAAGUAUUUUUUACACAAUGAAGACAAACAAUAAAGAAUAAUAACUAGUCUUGUAUGCAGUAGUUUUACAAAAUAUUUAUUGUAAUUUUUGUAAUAAAUGUGAUGUGGUACAAGUUAGAAACCUGAGAAUUUCCAUUGUUUUUAUGAAAAAUAUUUUUCAUUAGAAUAAAUUGAUCCUCUGCAACCUGUGAUGUUUCUGGCAAUUUUUUAUCAUAGUUUAGUUAUUAUUGCACUUUGCAGAAUUAUGCCCAAAAAGCAGAAAGCACAGAAGAUACCUGCCUUCAGCAAAGUUGAAGUUUAUGGUGAAGUUGAUGUGCAGGAAGGAGAUUUAAACUAUUUUAAUAGUUCACGUUGCCGGCAGGAACAGCAUUUAUUGCUCAUCCCCAACUGCCUGUGAGAAAGUGGUGGUGAGCCAUCAUCUUGAACCGGUGCAGUCCUUCUGGGGAAGUUUCUCCCACAAUGCUGGGGAGGGGGGAAAGAAUUCCAAGACUUAGCCCCAGCAAUGAUAAAUAAUCAGCAAUGACGUUCCAAGUCAGUGACUCAGAGGGGAAGCUGCAGGUCGUGGUGUUCCAAUGCUCCUUGGUGGUACAGGAUUGGGAGGCACUGUUGGAGUAUAGCCUGGGUGAGUAACUGCAGUACCUUUUGUAGCCAGUACAUACUGAGGCCACUGUGUGCUGGCGUUGAAGGAAAUGAAAAUUCAUGAUGGAAGAUUGGGUGCCAGUUGAUCAGCAAACAGAGAGAAAUAUUGAAUAGAUUUCCUUUCAAAAGUACAAAUCACCAACAAGAAUCCAGCCCUAAACCACCAUCUUUCUCUUGUGAGGCUGAUUAAAUUCCAUUGACAAAGUACAAGAUACAAUGAUUAAUGAACCUUAUGAUUCACUUUGUGCCUGGUAAUCUACAAGUGUCACUGCGAUUGAAGACCUGGCUUAUGAGCAAUGUCAUUGGUGUUUGCAUUCUGUGUCUGUUCACCAUGUUGACCAAAAUGCACAGGCAACGAUCUUUGUCAGCUGAGUCCUCUGAAUCACUGCAUCAGGUGAACUCCUCACCCAGAUCCUGCCAAUUUUAUUUAAACACCCUGCGAUGUGGCUGGUCCUAAAUCACUGUAACUGGGAUCCUCAACAAUUGGUGAAUACAUGUAUUCCACAGUUUGAGUCCAUGGCUUGUUUACAAUCAAGAUGAGAUGUCCACACACUGUCCUGAGCACAUAAUGCAUACAUGGACCAGUGUGUUCCAUACUUCAGUUAGAGAAGGCAGAAAAGUGGAGACAUUUAACUUGACAUUGCUCACUGAUGAUGUCAUGUGCAUUUUCUGAAAUUUGUCACAGAUACAGGAAUACAGUUGUUAUCUUUAUAAGGUUAUAGUGUAAGUGUGUUCCUCCGUCUGUUUAAAAUAUUUUACUUCACUUUUAAAAUGGAUCUUGCUGUUGUGUUAUGUUUUCUGGUGAAAUGCUCCAGACUUACCAGCCGUCAGCCUUGAACAUCUGUUAACAUAAUCCAUCCUUUAUCUGCAUGAUUAGCAAUUACAGACGAGGGGGCAAAGCUUUCCACCUCUCAUCACUGAAGCGUAAACCCUUACAUUAAAAAAUGUUCCAGAACAGAGGUUAAAAUGCCUUUUAAACACAUUAAAGUGCUUCCCGUGAUUGCCAGAGUAGCAUCAUUGGAGACCUGGGAAGAAUUGGGCGUGCUUGCCUUCAUAGGCUGUGGCAUUGAGUAUCAGAGUUGGGAUGUCAUGUUGCAGCUGUACAAAACAUUGGUUUGAUUGCAUGUGGAGCAUUGUGUACAGUUCUGGUCGCCACACCGCAGGAAGGAUGUGGUAGCAAUAGAGAGAGUGCAGAAGAGAUUCACCAGAAUGUUUUCUGGAAUGGAGGGCUGUAUUUAUAAGGACAGAUUUUAUAGGCUGGGUUUCUUCUCACUGGAAUGUUGGAAGCUGAGGAGUGACCUUAUAAAAGUUACAAAAUUAUGAGGGGCAUGGAUAGGGUAGAUAGAAUCUUUUUCCCAGUGCAGGUUUAAGGUGAGGGGGGAGAAAUUUAAAGGCAAUUUGCGGGGUACAUUUUUCACACACUGGAUGGUGAAUAUGUCGAAUGAGUUGCCAGAAGAGGUGGUGGAGGCAGAUAAAAUUACAACAUUUAAAAGGCACGUGGAUAAGUACUUGAGUCAGAAAGACAGAGGGAUAGGGGCCUAAUGCAGGUAAAUGCGAUUAGUGUGGAUAGGCAUCACAGUUGGCAUGGACAAGGUGGGUCAAAGGGCAAUUUAAUAAUGCAUUAUCUGCUGUCCUUUAGACUAACUUUUGUACUGAGUUCUAUAAUUGAAUAGUUAUUUUCCAUAUUAAUGACCAGGUUCAAUGAAAACUUAACUGUUCUAUUUUUUUAAAAUUCAUUUGAGCGGUUUAACACAUUAGCAGGUGCUAAAAUCUGCAACACUAGAUAAAUCCUGGGAUAUGCAACACGCAAAUCAAUUUUAAACUUGCGUUGUUUUACUAUCUUAUAUAGUUACCAAGCUUAUAGAUUGGAAGAAUAUUGGUGUAGAAAUGUAUCAGCUUGUUGGGUUAGGGUUAGAUUGGUUUGUCUGAUUGAUUGGUUGCUGGUUGGUCUGAUUGAGGACAAUGGUGAAAAUCAAAUGUAUCAGUUGCAUAUUCUCUGGUGGGCACAGCACUCAGUUGGCAAUGACAAAGAAUCUAAACCAAAACCUCAUUCUUUGCCAGUCUCUGCCUACUCAGGCAGAAGAUCUGGGACUAAGAAGUGUCUGCAGCUGGUAUCAAAGAUCCUUGGGUAGAUUCUAGAUGUGAGGAGUAGGAUUGGAGAGAGAGAACUCUUUUGAGGCACAUACUGUAGAUCCUGGAAUCUGGAGCAACAAGCAAUGUGCUGGAGGAACUCAGCGGGUCGAGCAGGAGGGAUAGGACCUGAGACACAGUUUUGACCUGAAACAUUGACAGUUCCUCCCCUCCCCCCGCCCCCACAGAUGCUGCUCGACCCACUGAGUUACUGAGUUCCUCCAG